CCCAGAAAUGAAGCUUUUGCUAGUGUUUUCCGUCCUGUUGCUGAUCGGCAGCCUAGAGGCGAGUCGCUGCGUCCAUCGCCGGUGUCCCAAGAAUGAAGUGCAUUCCUGCUGUGCUCCCUGCCCGCAGAAGGCGUGCAUCACGGAGACCGUCAAAUGCCUGUCGUCCUGCCUGCCCGGUUGCGUCUGCAAAAAGGGAUUCGUAAGAGAAACGCAGUUCGGUAACUGCGUUCCAGUGAACACCAAUUCUAACUGUGCUGCUGGUUGUACGCCCGGCUGCGUCUGUACGAAGGGUUUCGUGCGGGAAACGGAAUUCGGCAAAUGCAUCCCGCUUCGACUGUGUCCUCGCAUCAGCAUCGCGUCAGCGCAUCCGUCUGCCGAGAUGAAUUGGACCAUCGUUCUGAUAGUUGCUGCCGGGUGCAGUAUCUGUGCUGCUCAAACCACCGUAAAACGCUACCCGACCGGUGUAAACGCUACCCGGCACGGAACAACCGGUCGAAACGCUACCCGCCCCGGAACGACCGGUGUAUACGUUACCCGGCAUAGCACGACCGGCAGCAGCGUGCGGCCCUCGAAAGGAUUAAUUCCGGUGGCUCCCGGUGCUAAGUGUCCCAUAACUACAUGUGGACGGAAUGAGGCACUGCAAGCGUGCGGAACAUGCAACCAGAUAACCUGCUCCGGAAUAUCCACGGAAGUGUGCCGACGAUCGUGCUACUGCGGCUGCCAGUGCCGACGGGGUUACGUACGGGACGUUCUUGAUUUCGACGAAAAACGCGUUAUUUUUGUGAGCGACCUGGUCAUACGGUGCACGUUAAUAUUUGUAUUGAAUGAAAUGAACGAUCUAGCGUACUAGAAUGUUAUUUAUUUCGACGGGUAGGACAUUCUUUUGGUGAACGACCUGGUCACACCGAUGACCGAUGAACGAACCGAUGAAAGUUGAUCGGAUGAAAGUAGAUUGUUCGUUCUUUAGAAUAAACUAAACUAUUCGUUGGGUUCUGGUUCUUGGGGAACGCCUCUACGUAGAAUUCCCUUCCCAUAAAGCGUUCCAAAAUUAUCGUAAUCCCUACAAAUCGCUGUAUCAU